GGAACAGAAACUGACCUUUGGUAUAUAGUAAAUUUGACAACCCACCGAAGCAGAACCGAACAUAAUAUCCUGUCUCGGGCAAACUCCAUCGCCGACUUCCCUCUUAGCUUGUCUGAUUGAUUAAAGGUAGGAGCUAAAAGGGAUCUGAGGAAAAAGAAGAUUCUCCUUCUCGGGGCCUGGGGCUUGGCUUUGUUAUCAGCUGGUGCUUCUUCAGAAUUGAGGGUUUUCUUGAAAAUAGACGAAAGAUGUCAAGCAAGGCAGAAACUGAGAAUGAAGAGGUUUUGGGGCUCAAAAAGGAGAUUGUGGAAUGCCAAAAGGAAAUGCAGGUGCUAUUGUAUGAGAUAUCAUUGUGGUCUCAGGAAUGUAAAGGCAUGGAGCAGUUAAAGGAAGAAUAUGUAACUAGCCUGAGAGAAAAUAUAGAAAGGAAUGUGAGGGAUCAUUGUGAAUCUGAAAAGGCAAUCAAGAGUCUGAAGGCAUCUUUGGACAAUGAGUUGGAAAAUAAAUCCAAACUUGAGAAGACUUUGAAAGAGAAGCAAAAGUAUCUUAAACACAAAAGAGAAUCACAGCUUCGGUUGGAUGAGCUAUAUAAAAGUUUGUCUGAUGAUGAGUUCGACGAUGAUGUGUCAGACGAUAGUGAGGUCGAAGAGAUGGAGAAGAAACUGCUGAACUUGAAUACUUUUUGUUCUGCUAUGUACUCUACUCUCCAAUUGGGGGAGUCCAUUGGUGAACUUCACACAACAUGCUCUACUGUCAAAGAUGCUAAGCGUGAUCAUGUUGGCGGACAAAAUUUGCGAAAAAGGAAAGGACGUGCAAAAAAUCUUCAAAAGGAAAGAAGUUUUGAAACCCUCGUGACAUGAAAAUGAUGAGGACUGAUUGGAGCAUGUUGGACGUGGGUGGUUUGCACUUAACGGCAUUUCACAUUGUUUAAACUAAAAAUUUCUGGUAUGUUAAAAAAAUUAAAUAAAAUAAAAAUGAAAAAUAAAAUUUCUGGUUUAAUGUGUUUGUUACGGAUAAUCUCUCCCUUUUGUUUCUUGUAUUUAGGUUAAUUUGUCUUGA